UUCAAAAGCCAGACGGACCUUAACGUAGGAACGUUCAAAUAGGAAGUUACGCAAAUCCGCAAAGGAUCCCGAAACCGUUCGCCGAAAGUCGUGACGUAGCGACAGCUGUGUAAACUGCAUGCCGCGGCAUCGCCGUGACGCAACCGACGAGCCUCCACCGCUGACUCAGCCGCAGGCUUAUAACACAAACUCGCCGCCUUCCACACCAUACCUCCACAGACCGUCGAACGAGAAACACGUAACUAAUACAAGUGUCAGUGAUAAGUUGAUAACUUACGACGUGCAAGUGACUAGCUAGUAACCAGUGAGAUUUGUGAAACAUUAAAAAAAAUGGAGAAGUUAUUCAUGGUUUUGGUGCUUUUUGUGAUUGUGAGGGCGGUGGAGAACAGACACCACCCAAAGUUUGGCAGGAGUUACGAGGAGCAUGAAGUCCCGCCUCUGAAGAAAGUAUCCUGUAGCAGUGGCUCAAGUGAGAGGAGUGCCCUAAUUGAAGAUGCUCGUUGCGGAGCACCCCGGGAAGUUUUCGUUGUACUUAAACCAAAAGCAGCUCACGAAGAGAUCCACCCGGGCGCCGUGUGGGUCAAACGCUGCGUCGGCCUCUGCGACCACGUGGGCUCAGACUCCAAAUGCGUUCCUCGAGAGACCACCAUACGUCAUAUACCAAUAAAGAUUACCAACAUGAAGACUGGGAAGGAGUCGUGUUCUUUGUACGAGUUGGAGGAGCACUUGUCAUGCCAGUGCUGCACGGGCAGCCCCGAGAGCUGUGCGGCGAGUGGUCGGGUGUUCAACCCUCGUAAGUGCGCCUGCCAAUGUCCAAAUCUCGAGGAGCGCCGCAAGUGCCUCGCAAAGAACCCGAAUAUGCGGUGGAAUCGUUCUAAAUGCGCUUGUGAAGAGCGAAGACGGACGAUAUAAGUGAUAGAGCCGCGAAUAUUCUGGAAUUCUGGAAGAAACUCGAAGCUACUAUGAGUUUGACUACAGUAGUGGCGGAGGAACGUGAACUAAAGACUUAUAAAAGUGACCUUAGUUGUAUUGCCGACUGAUAAAAGUGUCUUAUAACAUAAGUAGUAUAAGUCUCAACAGUAUUAUAGAGUAGGUAAGCUAUUUAUUUCUCUAGGUUUAUAUUAUGGGGCCAAAUGGUGCUGUGAGCUCAAUAUGUUCCAAGACCUUGGUCUGUAUUUAAUGUAUGCACCGUACGAAUGUUUGUAAGUCUGUUAUGUCUGGGGUUUGAAAAGUAUUUGUCUCCUAGACAUCACUGUUCAGUAUUUGUUUAUUAUAGUUAAUGGCGUAAAUAUGGUUUACGCAAUUCCUAUGUUGUGAUAUUUAUAGCUAUUCCAAUGUUAGGUUUAAGAUAAUUUAAUGUGACUAUUACUUUAAAGUAUUCGGUCUAGUCUAGUCAUAGGACAUGUACUUAAUUUAUUGUUUUGUAUCAUAUCAGGGAAUGUCUCGAUUUUUUAAAUCAGCUCUCUUAAUUGUGUAAUUUUUGUAUUUUAAGUUUAAGUUCGUGUUGGAGGCCUAGUCCUUGGUGCCAAAGGCAUGUAAUCUCAUAGAUUUAA